CAUGAAUUUAGGUAAAAAUGAGACUGGACAGCUUUGCACUCCAUGACUUUAUUUCAAUAAAAUGUGGAUGUUUCAUUAAAAAAUAAAUAACUGAGGGCCCUUGAAGUUGUGUUGGAUCCUGUCAGGGUCAGCUGCAGCCAUGUUGGAAAAGCUCUGGCUCCAGCAGCAGCAGCGGCAGCGGUGCUAACAGCAGCGGCGCUAACAGCUAGCGUCAGUGGACACCGACAACCGGGCACGGCGCUGUUGUGGACAAAACACACACAGGGAGGAGGGAGACUCAUAACGGAGAGAGACACACAGCCACCGCCGCCAAGCCGGUUCUCAUAUCAGUGUGUGAAUGUGGGAAACUCACACACACUGGCCGGAACGAAGGUGCUCGGUUACGGGGAGUAGGUGCGACCGGGCUCCGGGGCUGAAGCGGAUAUUUCCAGAAUAUCAUACUACACUGAGUAUGACAGCCAGUUAGCCCCAGCAGGAGCAUUUGAGUCAGGAAUGGCGUCGUCUUCCUACUUGGAGCCCAACCUCAAUCACUCUGCAGCGGGUGGUUGUGGUGUGAAAUCCCGGUCCGGGAUGCCUGGCGUUGGUACCAGCAGCUCUGCCGGCGGCCUCGAGCGCCCCCCUGGCUCCAUGGACCGGGUGCUCAAGAUCUUCCAUUACUUUGAAACAAAUAGUGAACCAAGUACUUGGGCUAGUAAUAUCAGGCAUGGAGAUGCCACAGAUGUCAGGGGUGUUAUCCAGAAGAUAGCAGAGAUCCACAAAUUACGCUGUGUGUCCUCUCUGGGCCUCCGUCUCACCCAUCUGCACUCUGAUGCUCUCCAUUGGUUACACCCAGAUUUGGGCGUGUCUCACAUCCGGGAGAAAUAUGAGAAGCAGCACCCCCAGGAGGAGUGGAGGUAUGAGUUGCGAAUACGGUACCUUCCUAAAGGUUACCUCAGCCAUUUCUGUGAAGACAAACCCUCUCUCAACUACCUCUAUCACCAGGUAAAGAGUGAUUAUAUGCAGCAUAUAGCUGACCGGGUGGAUCAAGAUGUUGCUUUGAAACUAGGAUGUUUGGAAAUUAGGAGGUUUUUUAGAGAGAUGCCAGGUAACGCCUUGGAUAAGAAAUCAAACUAUGAACUACUAGAGAAAGAUGUUGGUUUGAGAAGGUUCUUCCCCAAAAGCCUGCUGGACUCUCUCAAGGCGAAGACUCUUCGUAAGCAGAUCCAGCAGACCUUCAAGCAAUUCGCAAACUUCAACGAUGAGCAGAGCAUCCACAAGUUCUUUGAGAUACUCUCGCCUAUCUACCGCUUCGACAAGGAGUGCUUCAAAUGUGCUUUAGGGUCUAGUUGGGUAAUAUCAGUAGAGUUAGCUAUCGGACCAGAGGAAGGAAUCAGCUACCUCACAGAUAAGGGCUCAACGCCCACACACUUAGCUAACUUCACCCAGGUUCAGUCAAUCCAGUACUCUUCUUUGGAAGAGAAGGACAGGAAAGGCAUGCUACAGCUCAACGUAGCGGGAGCUCCAGAGCCUCUCACAGUCACGACGGCAUUGCUGACAACAGCAGAAAACAUGGCUGACUUGAUUGACGGAUACUGUCGGCUUGUCUCCUCAGCAACUCACUCCUUCAUCGUCAGAGUCCACAAAGAGGGGGACAGAGCUCUGCCUUCUAUACCCAAAGUUUCAAAUCAUGAGAGGCGAAUGGAGAAGCGGAUGGACGGAGUACGGACCAGAGCUGUUUGCGUCUCAGGUCAGACUAGUGGCGAUGAAACGGACGACUAUGCUGAGAUCAUAGACGAGGAGGACACCUACACCAUGCCUUCAACACGGGACUAUGAGAUUCAGCGGGAUCGUAUUGAGUUGGGACGUUGCAUAGGUGAAGGUCAGUUUGGAGACGUCCACCAAGGAGUCUACAUCAGCCCGGUAUGUACAGUAGUCUCAUGUUCUUUGUCUCAUGCUCUGUUUUCAUACUUUCGGCCACCACUGACAUUCUUUUUGCACUAAAAUCAUGUGUUACAAGUUUAUUAUUGUGUCAACACAAUGCUAGACUCCUAACAUUUUGUUUCUCUCUCUCCGUGUUCUCUAUAGUUGCGCUCAUUUCUCCAGGUGAGGAAGUACAGUUUAGACCUGGCCACUCUCAUCCUGUAUUCCCACCAACUCAGCACAGCGCUGGCCUAUCUGGAGAGCAAACGCUUUGUACACAGGGACAUUGCAGCACGGAACGUGUUGGUGUCUACAGUCGACUGUGUGAAGCUUGGAGACUUUGGUCUGUCACGAUACAUGGAAGAUAGCUCUUAUUACAAAGCAUCUAAAGGUAAACUGCCCAUUAAAUGGAUGGCUCCAGAAUCUAUUAACUUCAGACGAUUUACCACAGCCAGCGACGUCUGGAUGUUUGGCGUCUGUAUGUGGGAGAUUCUAAUGUACGGCAUAAAGCCUUUCCAGGGUGUGAAGAACAACGACGUCAUUGGCAGGAUAGAGAAUGGCGAGCGGCUGGCGAUGCCCCCUCAGUGCCCUCCUACUCUGUACAGCUUGAUGACAAAGUGCUGGUCUUAUGAUCCGAGCAAGAGGCCGCGCUUCACUGAACUCAAAACACAACUCAGCACUAUACUAGAGGAGGAGAAGCUCCAGCAGAAGGAGAGGAACAGGAUGGAGAUGAGGAGACAAGUCACUGUGUCUUGGGACUCGGGGGGGCCUGAUGAAGCACCACCAAAGCCGAGCAGACCAGGCUAUCCCAGUCCUCGCUCAAGUGAAGGUUUUUACCCCAGCCCCCAGCAUCCUGGACACUACCAGAUGGCGGGGUACCCUGGCCCUCACACGCUUCCCUCUGUGCCCAGUGCCCUGUACCCACCACAGGCAGCAAUGCUGGACACGCACCACGCGCACACGCACCCUCGCCACCACAUCCACACACACUCGCACGCACACCUUUCCCAGCCGCACGGGCAGGACAUGGCACUGUGGGGCUCUGCAAUGGAGGACAGGGCAGUAGACAUGCAGCAGUGUGUAGGCCAGCAGUGCCUGUUAAUGGAGGAACAGCUGAUGAUACAACAACAGCAGAUGGAGGAGGAUCAGAGGUGGCUGGAACAGGAGGAAAUGCUGCUGAAACCAGACGCCAGAACCUCUCGAGGGAGUCUGGACAGAGAUGAUGGUGGACUCCAACCUCCAACGGGAAACCAGCACAUAUACCAGCCCGUUGGCAAACCAGAGCAUGCAGCUCCUCCAAAGAAACCCCCUCGACCUGGAGCCCAAAGUCAAGUGGGUAGUCUGGCCUGUCUAAAUACUGGAGACAGUUACAACGACGGAGUUAAGCCCUGGCGGCUGCAGCCCCACGAGAUAAGCCCGCCCCCCACCGCCAACCUGGACCGGUCCAACGACAAGGUGUACGAGAACGUGACGGGACUGGUCAAAGCCGUGAUCGAGAUGUCAAGCAAGAUUCAGCCAGCUCCUCCAGAGGAAUAUGUUCCUAUGGUCAAGGAUGUGGGACUGGCUUUGAGGACGUUAUUGGCCACAGUGGACGAGACAUUACCACAGCUUCCAGCCAGUACACACAGAGAGAUCGAGAUGGCUCAAAAACUGUUGAACUCUGACUUGGCGGAGCUGAUCGGGAAGAUGAAGUUAGCCCAACAAUAUGUGAUGACCAGUCUCCAGCAGGACUACAAGAAACAGAUGUUGACGGCGGCACACGCUCUCGCAGUCGACGCCAAGAACCUGCUGGAUGUUAUUGACCAAUCCCGGCUCAAGAUGAUGGCCCAGUCGCGCCCGCACUAGCCUGGACAACAGGGUUACGGUUCCUGUCGGCGGUGGAGAAUAAAAGACUCCAGAGUCGUGACUCCUGAUAUGUGAGAAACAGUGGCUCUGUUCAUUACAUGUUGUAUCCUGCUUAAACCGAGGUCGUCCGUUCAUCUGGGAUUAAACUAUCCACCACUGUGACUUUCUUAUUACAAGAACAGAGCAAAAUAAACUCUUCCUGAAUCAGGGACUUAACAGCUUCGCUCUCUUUGGACAUAUAUUUAAAAUGAGCCUGAUUCCUGAGGUGGCAGAAGCUCCAUCGUGGGCGACUGGAUCUGGAUUUGUUGACAUCAGAUAGAUUAGUCUUUGUGGAAUCCAACUAUAAUCAAAGCCAUCAGAGCCUGAUGGGACUGCCUCUGGUCUGCAGUGUGUCUGCAUGAAACUUCACGGUGGGAAUAGACUUCAGACAUCAGCCAGCCGCCAUGAUGACGUCACGUGUUCUGACCCGGUGGAUGUGAACCUCCAGCUCAGUUGAAAAUACCUCCACAUCUUCAUGGAUGCUCAUCAACUUUCUGUUCAGCUCUGGUUGUGCACGGUGCUUUUUGAUGGACGCUCCAACAAGAAAACUCACAGUAAAGAGACAGUCUCGGUUUGGUCAGGAGCUACAGCCUCACACCCUUCGGUCGCUCCUCCCAUUUUUCUCCUCCACUCCCGUCUUCCCUCCGUCUCACCAGCUUUUAUUUAUAGACUCAGAAAUUGCUGAGGAGGAGACAGAGGGAGAGGCAGGAAGAGUUGGUUAAAACUUGAGGACAGUGCAGCGCCAGUCUCCCUGAAGAAAGAAGCCACAUAUCUUCCUCUUUCCCUCUAUUUCAUUCAUGUUUCAUCCUCACUGCUCCUCUCCCUCCUGCAGUCUUCCUCAGCUCCUAUCUGAGCAGAUUUUUAAGACUCCAACUGUGAAGAAUCAAACUCCCUACUCGCACUCAGUUUGGUCUGUUGUUUUUAUCGGCUCCAUGACUUUGUGUUGUUUUCAGCGGUCACAGUCUUUUUCCUCGACACUGAAAAUGGUUUAUGACUUGGAAUACAAGCAGAUAUUCAAUCCCAGCAUGGAAAGAAAAAAACAAUAUGUGGAUUUUGAGGAGUCAGUCUGAGUGACUGGAUACUUCCUCUUCAUCUGAGCGAUUGAUCAGUCUGAAACGUCGUGUUUCAGACUGAUCAAUGAGCUGAACAUCAGCGAUCUCUGUGAGGACAGCGUCUUGGUUCUUCUCCUCACCCUCAGUCCCGAUAUCGUUCAGAUGUUUUUCAUCUUCGGCUGGUGUCACACCUUUAACAGCCCCAUGUCCACCAGUGUCGCAAAAUGAAUUUCCCUCAAGCAAACCUCACAACUGGAACCUUUGUGCUUCGAGUCCCGGUUUCUUUCAGGUGUAACACUUUAAUAAUGUCCCUCCCGAACAACAGUCCCCAGGGAAAUAAACACACAUGAAAUGUGGAGCCACAUGAGUGGACACAAAACACUGAACUGAAAAUACAGCAGAUUCCACGUCACUUUGUUAAUAAUAACCCCACAUGGAAUAUGACAUUCUGCUAUAUGAAAUAUACUGGUGACUGUACUAGUGUAGCAUGGUAUACUGGUAUGGAGAAGAGCAUAUUUGCACAGCAAACAGCAAAGUUUUUUGCCCUUCUUUUCACCCAGAUUUGAUUCAGUGUUUAGCCAGCAAUGAAAGUAUCAAAUGUGUGGGUGUUACAGGGUUAAAAUGAAAAAAAAAAGAAAAAACACAAUCUAUUUUAUGUUGUUGCGUAAAUCUGCUCAUGUUGGUAUAUUGUAAACUAUACUGGCGUGUAUCACUGGUGAAUUGUACAGAACUCGUACUAGUAAACACUGGUUUUUAUUUUGUCUGCUGGGCUAAAUCAGCCAUCUUGUCAAAUAGGAGGAAAAAACAAUGAAAUAAAAUAAUGAUGAAAUGGAAA